AUGCGCUUCUCCGCCAUCCUCGCUCUUAUAUCCUCCAUCGGAUUCGUUAUGGCCAGCCCCGCUCCCGCUGAGGGGCCCGUUUACGCCGUCCAUGGCGGAGACGCCGCGACGGUCCCCACCCCAGAGUCCGGGUGUGGCUCGUACGGGCCUCUCGGGAAUAGCUCCAGCAUCUGGUACAUCGUCAGAACCUGUACCCCGGGUGCUCGCAUGAGCUGCCAGGCGACUGAUCACAACGGAUGCGUCCCCGGCGACACCACGCACAUCAAUUCCCUGGAGGUCGAUGACCCGAACGACACGUUCAACGUCGCCAAAGGCACCCACGUGAACACGGUGGUGUUCAACUGCCCCGAGGGUGGCCAGGUCCGCUGCCAGGUGGACCUGGACUCUAAGAGCCAGGCUCCGAACUACAGCCUCCGCACCUUUGCAAACGCCGAUUAA